UUGCCUCUUGCUUCUCCUGGGGGGAAGCGGGAGGGAUAAAACAACCACCCCCCCAAAUCCCCCCCAAAUCCCUCUAAUUCCUCCAGGGAAGGGAGAAAGGCCAGAGGGGAGAGCCGGGAAUCCGUGCCAAAGAAAACAGCAUCCGCCUGACAGGAGAAGAAGAAGAAGGGAGGCGGAGGAAGUCUCUCCCCUGGCCAUGCCAGUGCUCAUCAGGGCUGCUGAGUCAGAGCCGAGCAUCCCCACAUCUUUUCCCAAUGAGCUUCCCUCCCUCACCAUGGAGGAAAUCGAGCACUCGUGCCCUCGGCCUCGCUUGACGGUGACCGCCCCAGCCCCGUUUGCCGACGACGGCGGCUGCGAGUGCCGAGCGCCGCACGACCGGCUGAGCGUCGCCCAGGCCCGCCGGGGGACCCCAGCCGACAGACCGGUCCGAGUCUACGCGGACGGGAUCUUUGACCUCUUCCACUCGGGCCACGCCCGGGCCCUGAUGCAGGCCAAGGCUUUGUUCCCCAACAGCUACUUGUUGGUGGGAGUGUGCAGCGACGACCUGACGCACAAAUUCAAAGGGUUCACGGUGAUGACCGAGGCGGAGCGAUACGAGGCGCUGAGGCACUGCCGCUACGUGGACGAGGUCAUCAGGGACGCCCCGUGGACGCUCACGCCCGACUUCUUGGACAAGCACAAGAUCGACUUCGUCGCCCACGAUGACAUCCCUUACUCGUCGGCCGGCUCCGACGACGUGUACAAGCACGUGAAGGAAGCAGGAAUGUUCGUGCCGACGCGGCGGACGGAGGGCAUCUCGACGUCGGACAUCAUCACCAGGAUCGUGCGGGAUUACGACGUUUACGCCCGGCGCAAUCUGCAGAGAGGCUACACGGCCAAAGAACUCAACGUUAGUUUUAUUAACGAGAACAAGUACCGCUUCCAGAACCAGGUGGACAAGAUGAAGGAGAAGGUCAAGAACGUGGAGGAGAAAUCCAAGGAGUUCGUGUACAGGGUGGAAGAGAAGAGCCACGACCUGAUCCAGAAGUGGGAGGAGAAGUCCAGAGAGUUCAUCGGGAAUUUCCUGGAACUCUUCGGGCCCGACGGGACGUGGAAGCAGAUGUUCCAGGAGCGGAGCGGCCGCAUGCUGCAAGCCCUGUCCCCGCGCCAGAGUCCGGCCAGCAGCCCCACCCGGGGCCGGUCCCCGUCCCGCUCGCCCUCCCCGACCUCCUCCUGGCCGCCGGCCGGGGCCGCCUCCCCGCCGCAGGCCUCCCCGCCGGCCUCGCCCAAGGCCGCCUCGGCCUCCGUCAGCAGCCUCAGCGACGAGGACGACAAGUGAGAGUCUGGUCAGCCCCAGGGCGCCAGGCCCCCCCCCCCAACACGCACGUACACACAAGGACACACACAUACACACACACACAACCACGGCCGGGGAUAGGAACAGCCAGUCCCUUGGUGUCUCUGCGCAACCCCAGGAACCCGAAAGGCCUCUGUUCCACUGCCCGGCCUCUUCCGCGGCUGGGAGAAGUGGCCCGAGCCCCUCUCCGGCCCUGGAAGUUUCGGGAACAUUCGGGACCGGGCUGGAGGAUUCUGGGAAACACAGCCCACGGACUCCCGCUCCGUUGGGCUUCGCGGGGCCUCGUCCACGGGCCGGCCGUCCUCCGCCGGACCAGGCCGGACCCGGCAUCGCCUCACCUGCGGGCUCACGUCCAGGGGGCCCAGUCUGUCCUUGCUGCUCCCGAGACCCUUCAUCCGGGAAGAAGUCGAGAUGGCUUCCUCCCGGGCCGCCCGCUGGACGGGGGUUUGGGCAGCGCGACGGGUGGGAGGGGAAUUUUUUGGGAUGGCCUGUAACGGCACGGGC